CGAACUACUCAAACUGGCAUUCAAAUAAAAUAAACUGUUUCGGCGCGUUCUCCGCUUUGUGCCUGUAAUUCGUGUCGCUCUGGGUCUUGUGCGUUCAGAACAUUGUUGGUGUCGAUUUGUUAACAUAUUUUAAAAUAUAUUUGAUAUUCCAUUUGCGUGCCGUGCACAGUUAUUUGAUGAGCUUAGUGAGAAAAUAAAGAAAGCAACAAGGCGAGCAAAAAUAAAAAACUUCACCUCAACGAGCCAAACCAAGAAAGACAAACCGAGAAAAAUGGCCGCAAAGCCUGAGGACAAGAGCACGGAUAUACCCGAUCGUCUGUUUGACUCGAAUAAUCGCAAGACCUACAAGCGUAUGCGCUUUUUUGGCAAGGGCGGCUUUGCCAAAUGUUACGAGAUUAUCGAUGUGGAAACAGACGAUGUCUUUGCCGGCAAGAUUGUGUCUAAGAAACUAAUGAUAAAGCACAACCAAAAAGAGAAGACGGCACAGGAAAUAACCAUACACCGCAGCCUUAACCAUCCAAACAUUGUCAAAUUUCACAGCUAUUUUGAGGAUGUGCAGAACAUCUACAUUGUGCUGGAGCUGUGCAAAAAGCGCUCGAUGAUGGAGUUGCACAAACGCCGUAAAAGUAUUACCGAGUUCGAAACCCGCUAUUACAUAUACCAGAUAAUACAGGGUGUCAAGUAUCUGCACGACAAUCGCAUCAUUCAUCGUGAUCUUAAGCUGGGCAAUCUGUUUCUGAAUGACAUGUUGCAUGUGAAGAUCGGAGAUUUUGGACUGGCAACUCGUAUUGAAUACGAGGGCGAACGCAAGAAGACGCUUUGCGGCACACCCAACUACAUUGCACCAGAGAUUCUGACCAAGAAGGGCCACUCCUUUGAAGUGGACAUCUGGUCGAUUGGUUGCGUCAUGUACACACUGUUGGUCGGUCAGCCGCCAUUCGAGACAAAAACGUUGAAGGAUACCUACUCGAAAAUCAAGAAAUGCGAGUACCGUGUGCCGAGCUACUUAAGAAAACCGGCGGCGGACAUGGUCAUUGCGAUGUUGCAACCUAACCCGGAGAGUCGCCCCACAAUUGGACAGCUCUUGAACUUUGAGUUCCUUAAGGCUUCGCAGGUGCCCAUGUUCUUGCCCAGUUCUUGCCUAACCAUGGCACCCCGUAUUGGCAUCAAUGAUACCAUCGAGGAUCCUAGCCAGCGUAAGCCGCUGUCUGAAAUGAACGGCCUGAGAGACGAUACGCGUUUGGAGUCGACUUUCUUGAAAAAUAAUUUACAUGAUGCCAUUACUGCGUCGGCGCAGAUGUGUCGCCACAACGAAGACUAUCGUAGUGAUAUUGAGAGUUUGCAUCAGCAGCUGACGAAGCUGAUAAAUGACAAGCCACGUUUAUUGCAAGGCAAUCUGGGGGAUGAGAAUACCGAUCCAGCUGCCCAGCCGCUAUUUUGGAUAUCGAAGUGGGUCGACUAUAGCGACAAAUACGGAUUUGGCUAUCAACUGUGUGAUGAGGGCAUCGGUGUUAUGUUCAAUGACACCACAAAGCUCAUUCUGCUUCCGAAUCAAAUAAACGUGCACUUUAUUGAUAAGGAGGGCAAAGAAACCUAUAUGACUACGACUGAUUACUGCAAGACACUCGAUAAAAAGAUGAAGCUGCUGUCAUAUUUUAAGCGUUACAUGACGGAGCAUCUAGUGAAGGCAGGGGCUAACAAUGUCACCGUUGAGAGCGAUCAAAUUUCACGUAUGCCCCAUCUGCAUUCCUGGUUCCGCACAACGUGUGCGGUAGUCAUGCACCUAACCAACGGUUCUGUCCAGCUUAAUUUUUCGGAUCAUAUGAAGAUUAUUUUAUGCCCACGCAUGAGCGCCAUCACCUAUAUGGACCAUGAGAAAAACUUCCGGACAUAUAGAUUCUCAACUAUUGCACAAAGUGGAGUUUCCAAGGAUCUAUAUCAGAAGAUACGUUAUGCUCAUGAGAAGCUGAGAAAAAUGCUCGAGAAGAUGUUUGUUUGAGCACAAGAUGAAAAUACUACAGCCGGCUGAUUUCAUUCAUUAUCGUUACGUUUAUGUUUAGUUAAACCGAAUUCAUUAACUCUACAUACAGCGCGCAGGCUUAACUUAAGAAAAUCUUCUCUUUGCUCCAUAAUUUUCCAAAUUGUAGUUGCUGUUUAAAUUUACCCGCUGUUUAUUUAUUAAGUUAAAGAUUCUUUUUUGUUUUCGGUUAGCUAUUUCCGUUUGUAACAUGUCAAUCGCAAAAAUUAAGCGACUUUCACACGCAAUUAUAUAUAUGUUUCCAUGUUUUAAAGAUACAAAUAUACAAUCUAAUAAAGAUUUUAAUAACAAAA